AUGAAUGGAGCUAUGACCUAUCUCUUAACAAAAAAUCUGAAGAAAUAUCGCGGAGUAACAUACGGUGACCUACUUGAUAUGAUGCAUGAAGACUUGCAGAAUGUUAACGAAAGCGGAUGCUUCGCUGAAAAAUUCUUCAAAAAAAUAAUGAAGAACUUGUUAUUACAGAAGCCUCAAAUUUCAGCUUCCAAACCAUUUGACGAAUCGCUUUUGAAGGAGGAUCACCCCAAGGGUUUGAAGACAUGGCAACGGUUAUCAAUAUUGAAAACAAAUUCCACUGGAGUUAAGUGCCCAACCUGCAAUAUGAUGAAUCCAAUUCCAACCUAUGACCGAUCUGGUAGCAGAGAUUGGGGAAAAGAUUGUCCGAUUGAAAAGUUUAUUGGCAAGGCAAAGGAAAUGAUAUCAGGCCAUGAUCAUGUCAUUAGUAGCAAGAAACCGAAAUCAUUGAAUACGAAGCCUUCGCCUUUGCACUUUUCGGGGUCAUCAUCGGGGACAAGGUCGGCGAGGAAGAAAGCACUUCUAAUCGGAGUGACUUACAAAAGGAAGCAGAAGCUUGAGGGGACUGUGAAUGAUGUGAAGAGCAUGAGAGAAAUGUUGAUCACCGACUUUGGGUUCAAGCAGGAGAACAUUCUGGUUCUAACAGAACAGGAGACUGAACAAGAACUAAUUCCAACAAGGAAAAACAUUCUGAAAUCCCUGGAAUGGUUAGUGAAGGACUGCCAGGCAGGUGACUCCCUAGUGUUCUAUUUCUCCGGUCAUGGCUUGCGAAAGAUAGAUUUUGAUGGCGACGAGCGAGAUGGGUUUGAUGAAACUAUUUGUCCUGUUGAUUUCUUGAAAGAAGGCAUGAUCCUCGACAAUGAAAUUAAUUCCAUCAUUGUUUGGCCGCUGAAAAAAGAUGUCACUCUUCAUGCAAUAGUGGAUGCUUGUCACAGCGGAACUGUCCUUGAUCUUGAGUACAUCUACAAUAUACAAGCCAAGAAAUGGGAAGAUAACAGCCCUCCAUCUAGCAAUGCAAGGAAACAUACAGAUGGUGGAUUGGCAAUUUCUCUCAGUGCUUGCCUGGAUAAUCAAGAGGCUGCCGAUACCUCUGCUUUCGCAAAAACGAUGAGCGGUGCCAUGACCUACCUUUUAAUAUACAUUUUGAAGAAACAUCCCGGCGGAGUAACAUAUGGUAACCUACUUGACUUGAUACAUGAAGAGUUGAACAAGGUCAAUGAACGUGGAUGCCUUCUUGCAAAAUUCUUGAGAAAAAUAUUGAACGAUAAGUUAUUGCAGAAGCCUCAACUUUCAGCUUCCGAACCCUUUGAUGUUUACCAGAAACAUUUUAUUUUGUAA